AUGGGGACAACAGGGGGAUUAUUGGGGACAACAGGGGGAUUAUUGGGGACAACAGGGGGAAUAAUGGGGACAACAGGGGAAUUAUUGGGGACAACGGGAAUAAUGGGGACAACAGGGGGAUUAUUGGGGACAACAGGGGGAUUAUUGGGGACACCAGGGGGAUUAUUGGGGACAACGGGAAUUAAUGGGGACAACAGGGGAAUUAUUGGGGACAACAGGGGGAAUAAUGGGGACAACAUGGGGAUUAUUGGGGACAACAGGGGGAUUAUUGGGGACAACAGGGGGAAUAAUGGGGACAACAGGGGGAUUAUUGGGGACAACAGGGGGAUUAUUGGGGACAACGGGAAUUAA